AUGAAAAAAUUAUUCAAAUACUGUGAUUAAUGUUCAAAAAGACCAGGAACAGUUUACUGUUAGAAUUGCUAAGCUAAAUUUUGUUAUAACUGUGAUGAAGAAGUUCACAAUUAGAAUCAGAAUCACAAGACAGAAAUCUGUUCAUUAACAUAAAUGAGACAAUUUAAUUAAUAUUCAUAGAUAUUGACAGGGGAUUCCUAGAUAAUAUAUUAAACUUAAUAAAAUUAAGUAGUAAUUCAUUAGUAGGAACACUAAGAAUAGCAGCAAGAAUUAUCAAAAAUUGAAUUAGAGAUUAAAUAAUUUGAAUAGGUUUUGAAUUUACAAGAGAACAAAUGGAAAAAGUAAUUUGAAAUUUUAGAAAAAGAAUAUGGUGAAAAGAUUGCCAUAUUCGAAGAGAAAGUCUAAAAAAGUGAGAGUACUAUCACAGAGAUAAAAUAAUAAUCUAAAUAGGAGGAUUAGAUUAAUGAAAUGAUGAAAUAAUUAAAAGAUUAAUUGGAAGGAUAAAAGAGCUAAUUAAUUUAAAAAGUUGAUCAAUAGAAAUAAUAAUUGAAUGACAAAGAAUAAUUAUUACAGAAUUUGAUAAAAUAAGAAAAAGAUUUAUCUGCAGAAAUAAAUAAGAAAGAGAUUUUAAUAGGGAAAUUUAAAGAAUUAAUAUAAUAAUAGUAGAAAGAGAAAGAAUUGAUAUUGAAUGAAAACGCUAAAAUAAAGAAGCAGUUGUUAGAAAUCAAAUAAUUGUUUAAAGAGAAACUACCGUAAUUGGGAUUGGAUGAGAACUUCUUUAAUUUUGAUGAAGAUGAACAAGAUGGAGAGGAAGAGGAAGUGGAAGAGGAGCAAGAGCCUCAAAUCUAAUAAAAUGUGGAGGACUCAACAGAAGAAGAUGAAGGAAUAUAAUGA